GUACAGCACGCCAGUCAUCAGACGUGACGAAUGAUAUGACCAGUGUAAAGUAAACGAUCCGGGUCAUCGUAGAUAAAAUCAUCCGAAAGCCACUUCCCCUGCUAUUUCGAAACUGGGUCCAUCCAUCGCAAGGGGAAAUCCAGUCGAGUGGAAGUUUCUGCCGUCUAUAAGUGACUCGUCUCGGGGCGCGCUUAAACUAGACUGUGUGGGUCAGCCGAGCUUACCUGUGCCCUGCGUGAGAGUCGCUCAUGUGUAGAGCUGGAAGCCGACCCAUAAUACGAAUAAUGGGCCACCUUUUCUGAGCUUGCUAACAGGAUUUCUCUCAGUUAAAACACAGCGCGGCUCGGUCGUGAGAACAGUCGCAGUGUUAUCAGUCGUUGCUGUUGGUUGUCUGAAUCGCCCGCUCGCUGAUAUAGCCAGCAUGAGGUCGUCUGCUCAUUGUUGGACGUUUAUCAUAUCACUGACAGCGUGUUCAUUCAUCGACGCAAGAUCGGACUCCUCUUCAUGUCCAGGAAAACAGUCCGUGUGGGACAAAUGGUAUGAUGGAUGUAACUGGUGCGUUUGCACGGACUCAGGACCUGUUUGCACGGACAAGGUGUGUUCCAGCGCUUCAUUGGAACGGUGUGAAACGUUUGGGGAAAAGUGGAGAGAUGGUUGCUACAGAUGUCAGUGUUCGGAGACUGGAAUUGCAUGCACAGCUGACCAUCGGUGUGUCCACGCCAUGAGAUACAACCCAGUUAGUUGCCAACACAAACGUGGUUGUGUGUGCGGAAUUGACGGUGUUUCCUCAUGUGUCUCUGAGAACAUUCAGAUGGACUUUCAAAGAAUGAGAAAACAUCAUGGCAGAAAGUACGUUCCAAAUAGGCCGAUUUUUUCAAAGGGCUUGUACGUCACUCUGCCACGGAAAAUGUCUUGUUCUGAAAACCCGAGAUGGUAUUCGGGAAGCAAACGUUGCUUCUGUCUGCACCAAGGAGAAAAAACGUGUGGCCAGCCUCGACACAUAGCACAUAGAGUUGAUGGAUUCCGCUUCAAGAUAGCGGAUUGUGACACCGCGAGGGUGUGGAACUAUAACUGCAAAACGUGCAAGUGUCAUAUGAGAGGUUUUGGAUUCUGUGUACGGGUACCCAAUUGCAGGAGAGAUUCCACUUCACUUAUAGACAGCCAUUUGUCUGCGAGAAUGGCAUGUGUGCCUGGACGGAAGUGGAACGAGGAUUGUAAGUAUUGCUACUGCACCCGAGACGGACGACGAAUCUGUAAGGAUUAUGAUUGCAAUUUAUCAAGAGCAAUGGCCGAAACAAACGUCAAAGUCAAGUCCAGACCGACAACAGGGGAAGUAAAGGUUCGAUUAACAGGUGGCGGGAUCCUUGAACAUGAUAAAGAAGAAAUUAUUCUGCCCAUUGAUGAAACCGAUAUAUCAGUCAUUCCAAAGUUCCAAAUACCACCAAGCCGAUCUUUUGACAUGAGUAGAAGCUUCAGGACGAAGAAACCGCCUGAGAUUAAAGAAAUACUGUGUGAGGGAAAAUAUAAACCAGGAGAGAAGUUCUACGACAAAUGCAAUAGUUGUGAAUGCACUGAAACCGGCGAUUCCAGAUGUACAGCUGUGUUGUGUUGGUGAUGCCACGGCAAUAACAAGUAACUUAAAUCAUUAGCAAUGCUCUGCUAUUGCUUUGCUGAAUUCCGACCGAUUUACCUUCACACCGCCACACACAGUAAAGAUACACUGUGGUUAAGAAGAAGAGUGGACAUCGGUCGAGAGCACUUCGGACAGGUUAGUGAAGCAGUCAUCAACAAAUGUUGAUGGAUCUUGAAGUUGACAACAUAUUUCAGAUUACCGUAAUCGUUUGAUGUUGACAGUUAUAUUUGUCAACAGGCGAUGAGGGUUGGACGCUUAAUGUGACAGUUUUGAAUGUGUAUAUUGAAAUGGACGUCGAACUAUAUAUGAAACUACUCUGUGAUAUCGAAUCCCAUUUUGUAAAUGGAAUAUGAACUGUUGCUUGCAGCAUGCGGGCUGUGACGUUCUCGAUAAUGUGAACGUGCUUGUGAGACAUUGUCAUGAUACCUACCAGCAUGCGGCAUUCUGGGAGGUUACAAAUUAACGUAAUUAUUAAUGUAUGCUCGUCUGCAUUGUUUCAGACAAUUGUGGAUAUUGUGUACUUUUAUCAUAUUGUGGUUUGUACGUACUGAAUUUUAACUAGUUUAAAACCAGAUUGUAGAAUUUUA